AUGUUCCGCCAGGAGCAGCCGCUGGCCGAGGGCAGCUUUGCGCCCAUGGGCUCCCUGCAGCCGGACGCGGGCAAUGCGAGCUGGAAUGGGACCGAGGCGCCGGGGGGCGGUGCCCAGCCCACCCCUUACUCCCUGCAGGUGACGCUGACGCUGGUGUGCCUGGCCGGCCUGCUCAUGCUGUUCACUGUGUUCGGCAACGUGCUAGUCAUCAUUGCCGUGUUCACGAGCCGCGCGCUCAAGGCGCCCCAAAACCUUUUCCUAGUGUCUUUGGCCUCGGCCGACAUUCUGGUGGCCACGCUCGUCAUCCCUUUCUCGCUGGCCAACGAGGUCAUGGGCUACUGGUACUUUGGCAAAGCGUGGUGCGAGAUCUACCUGGCGCUCGACGUGCUCUUCUGCACGUCGUCCAUCGUGCACCUGUGCGCUAUCAGCCUGGACCGCUACUGGUCCAUCACGCAGGCCAUCGAGUACAACCUGAAGCGCACGCCGCGCCGCAUCAAGGCCAUCAUCGUCACCGUGUGGGUCAUCUCGGCCGUCAUCUCCUUCCCGCCGCUCAUCUCCAUCGAGAAGAAGGGCAGCCGCGGCGGCCAGCAGCCGGCCGAGCCGCGCUGCCAGAUCAACGACCAGAAGUGGUACGUCAUCUCGUCGUGCAUCGGCUCCUUCUUUGCGCCCUGCCUCAUCAUGAUCCUGGUCUACGUGCGCAUCUACCAGAUCGCCAAGCGUCGCACCCGCGUGCCGCCCAGCCGCCGGGGUCCGGACGCCGCCACCGCGCCCCCCGGGGGCGCCGAGCGCAGGCCCAACGGCCUGAGCCCGGGGCGCGGCGCGGGCCUCGGGGGCGCGGAGGCGGAGCCGCUGCCCACCCAGCUCAACGGCGCCCCUGGGGAGCCGGCGCCCGCCGGGACGCGCGAGGCCGACGCGCUGGACCUGGAGGAGAGCUCGUCGUCCGAGCACGCCGAGCGGCCCCCGGGGCCCCGCGGACUCGAGCGCGGCCCCCGGGCCAAGGGCAAGGCCCGGGCGAGCCAGGUGAAGCCCGGGGACAGCCUGCCGCGGCGCGGGCCGGGGGCGACGGGGGCCGGGGCACCGGCGGCGGGGCCGGGACAGGAGCGCGGCGGGGGCGCCAAGGCGUCGCGCUGGCGCGGUCGGCAGAACCGCGAGAAGCGCUUCACGUUCGUGCUGGCCGUGGUCAUCGGCGUGUUCGUGGUGUGCUGGUUCCCCUUCUUCUUCACCUACACGCUCACGGCCGUCGGCUGCUCCGUGCCGCGCACGCUCUUCAAGUUCUUCUUCUGGUUCGGCUACUGCAACAGCUCGCUGAACCCGGUCAUCUACACCAUCUUCAACCACGACUUCCGCCGCGCCUUCAAGAAGAUCCUCUGCCGCGGGGACAGGAAGCGGAUCGUGUGAGCUCUCCGCUCGUGCCCCGCGUAGACUCUCGCCGACCACGGACAACUGGCAUCGAGGAGGGGCGCGUCUACGCAGACCUCAGCACUCAGAAACCCAGGGCCUGCCUACUCCGCGUUUCCUGACUUGGGGGUUGCUCUGUGGCCUCCUGCGUGCACCUGCUGGUCCUACGAGGGAAAAGUUCUGGCUGGAACCAAUUGUUGCUAUGGCCGCUCCCGACCUGGAGCUAGCUUCUUGGUGGGCCGUCCCCAAUCAGUAUUGUCUCCUAAAGGUGUUUUCACCCUCUCUCCUGGUCCAGCCCUCACAGCUUUUGAGAGCCAGCCCUGGACUACAGAGGGCACGGCUUACAAAGGGUUAAUGAAUGGGAGUUACCUGCUCUGGCUAACUCCCCCUCCCCCUCACACUCUCAGAAAACAAAAAACUGCUUAGGGCAGCCCUGCCCACCCUCCCCAACGCCCCACUGUAAAUAUACACUAUUUUUGAUAGUACACCCAGGGGUCCCCCAUGUCGGUUGGUCCUGGUUUUGAUGUUGGAAUCUUGGCCUUCUGAGAUACGCACUCCAGGCAGACACUGCGUCUGGUUCAGGCCAAGCCCCUUUGCAAUGCAAGCCCUCUUCUGGUGUUAUGUCCCUCUGUGUCCUUUUCACCAGCAACUGGUGACUUGCUUUGAGAUUUCCUGACAGGGAAAAGAUUUCUGUCCAUUUUUUUCCUGUGCCUAACAGCAUAAUUGCCUUUUCCUAUGUAAAUAGUGUAACGAUGGAUCAAGAUGCAUCAGCCCUGUGUAUAAAGCCAUUAUCCUCUGAUGCACCGGUUGCCCCAGUAACUCCCUUUAAAACCAUUUCUUUCCGGUGCCCCCUCUUUUCCUCCAGGGCCACUGCUUGAAGAAGAAUAUGUAUGUUUCUAUUGUGUAUCUAUGUGCGCCCCUUCCUCCCUGAGAGCGCUGACUAUGGGGAAAUCUUUUAGCUGCUGUUUUUAGACACAGAGGAGUGGAAAUUAUGUGGAAGAAGCAAACCUGAUACAACUUGCCCAAGGUAAACAGCGUGGAAAGACAAAUGAGCCUGCCAAACUGUACGGUUCCUGCCCCCAGAGCUCUUAGGUAUCAAAGCAUUGUCUUUCCCACCUCCCUGCUUUUCUGGUGGGGAUUGUGUCAUUGAUGGACUACCAGAGUCAGGGGAGGAGGUGGAGACCAUGUGUUUACAUCUGCGUUUCUACAUGUUUUAGACAGAGACAAUUCAAGGCUCUUAUUUCACUAAGGAAAAACUAAUGUCAGCACAUGUUGCUAAUGACAGUGGAUUUUUUUUUAAAUAAAAAAGUUUACAGAUCAAAUGUGAAAUAAAUAUGAAUUAAAUGGUC